AUGAAGUUCACGGAGGUGUUAGAGGAGAAUAUGCUCUUAAGAUGGCGUGCCUACUACGUCAACUACAGGGCGAUGAAGUUAUGCAUUGAGGAGAUCGAAGCAGAUCCAUCUUCGUCGAAUGCACACUUCCUCACGUCAGUUGGGCUCAAAGCCCAAAAGCAGGAGCCCGGGCGAUUUCGAGCCAUGAGCAUGACGGGGCGAUGGCUGGUAAAACAGUCCAUCGACGCGCAGAGAGCCCGCGAUGCGGUGAUGCCGGCUCAUAGCGAUAGCCCCGCCGUCAUGUAUGCCUUGAUCGUUUUCGCCACAGCCUUGCUCAAAUGGACGACGUGGGAAGGCACUCCAACGGUGCAACAUGCGCCGAACCUGUGCCUGUUUGCCAAUGUGUUGGACAGAUUGGCGACUAUGACAAUGGGAGCCUUCUGUAUGCCAGAUAUGGGGUACCUUGAUCGACCCGAAGAGGUCACCCCACAUGGCCUGGUCUUGGAAGGCCAGUCCAUUGAGGCAGAACUGGAAGGCCUCAUCGGCCCAUUGGCGAGAUGGAGAGCCGAUGCACCAGCCCACCUUGGGGCCGGGUUUGAUCGCUUGUCACUGGCGACAAUCCAGAGCAUCAAGGAGUUCCGCUAUUUCGAAUCAGCAGGUAUCCUCAACACCCUCAGUGACCGGCUACAGGCCAUUGAGGCGACCAUCAACAUGGAGAUGAACCGCUCAGUACCUCUCCUUCCCAAUCCGAGAGUGUGCAUCACUCCCAGCAGUGGUAGCGAUGGCCGGACGGCACGGAUGGGUGUCCAGGCCUUGAACGCCGCCAACCAAGUGUUAAUGGCUCGAGCCAUGGCUGAGGCAGACGGAGGUCAAGUGGAAGGCCAGAUGACCCGGCCAGACAAACUCGAACACACCCAUGAAGGAAAAGAUGGCGGUUUCAUCAUGAUUACCUCUGAAUUGUGGGGGGCCCUGCGGGGGGCGGGCCUCGAGGAGCUCGCUCCCUCGCUCAUCCGCCAUGGAGUGGUGAGCCUUAACAUUCUGUCCUCUAAGUAUGAGGAGCUACGGUCAGCCGGGGUCCACGGCUGGCAGAUUGAGGCCAUUUUGGCCUCGGGGGGGACUCCGACAGCGGGCUCGGAAGUCAACCCCCAGAACGCAGACCGAGGUGACCUCCCGGUUCGAAACAUGGGCAAACGAGCCAGCAUGCAAGCUGCCCUCGAGGCGGCACAACCCAACCAAAGGCAGAAAGCCUUGGCUUCAUUGGACCAGGACAUCUUGGCCAAGUCAACGAACCCAGCUGCGGAAGCGAGGGUCAGAACUUAUCUGGCCUUGUGCAGGGCAUGGGAGGUCCCAGGUUUUCCUCUAGACUGCCACAACAUCAGAUGUUUCGGAGCCUCGUUGAAGGCUGGCGGAUACCGCAGCGCAGCAGUGUACUUUCAGGCCAUAUGCGGCCAUCAGCAGAGAGUCCUCCGCACACCUGUACCAGCCAUAGUGAAGCUGGGAAUCAGGGACUGUGUGAGGUCCAUCCAACGAGGACUCGGUGAGAGAAAGCUGAAAGACUCCUUCAAUGGCUUGCUGAUAGGCAACAUGGCCUUCUCUACAGACGAACUCCCAUUCUCGUUUGAGAAUAUUGCUCACUGCCGGGACAUGGCGGUGAUAGGCAUGUGGUUCAUGCUACGAGAAGUCGAGAUGGCGAGCGCCAGAGCUGGCGACCUUCGAUUGGAAGGGCGAGAGGUAUGCCUGUGCAUACCGAUACACAAGACAGACCAUAAAGGAAGAUUUACUGAGAGAUCUUUGACAUGUAGCUGCACAGCCAAGAUACAUGGCCUGUGCGUAUGGCACAGCUCUGAACGACACCUCCUUCGACUAGAGGCACAUUGUCAAGAUGAGCCCCGACAACAGCUGCCACUCUUUCCAGACCAAGGAGGUCGCACCGCCUCCAAGCAGACGUUCAUAGAGGCCUUCAGGAGGGUCAUCGAGCACACUGGCACCGUGCUGACACGCAUGGGCCCCGACGGACAAGAAUCACAGAGGUUCCACGGUCAUGUGCUGAGGAUCUCGGGGGCUCAGAUGCUGUCAAGCUCAGGGGUUGAGCUGGCAUUGAUUCAAUUGCUGGGAAGGUGGACAAGCACAGCCGUGCUCCGCUACACCCAGGACAGCGCCCUGAUCAGGGUGCCGAACAUACCCCAACAAGUGCUCUCUGGAGAUGACUCACACGUCCAAAAGAUCCAGAUGCAGGUCGUGCAGUCCGAGGCGGCUGCUUCGUCAGUAGCCCCCGUGGGAAGAGCCCCUGCACCGGCAGCCAGACCGAAGGCCCUGGCGGCUGACAUACGGGGCCUCCGGGCAGAACUGGACCAAGUGAGGCAGGCAGUGCAGAAGCCGCCACAGACAUACGUCUUUCGACCAAAAGCCAAGAUUCUCCACAAAUCGUCGCAGUACGAGGAGAAUAACGAACCCAGCAGGAUGACUAGACGACCCCAGCGGGAGGGUCUACACGCACCACGUCCGGAGAAAAAGACAGGACCGGCCUUGACUGAGUACCUGGAGGCAAGGGGGAUACGCACCCCGGCGACUUUGGCUUUGCUGAGCAAGAAUGAAGAAGGGCUUGAUCAAACCCUUAUACAACCUCUUCUCCAAGGUUGGACGAAGGGAGAUGGAAGCGUGAUCACUAUCCCUGAGACAGACAAACCCAUAGCGAAGGCCACCCUCUUGCACAUGUGGAUGAUGGCCAAACAGAGCUGGGAACAGGCUCAAAUUGCAGCACAACCGAAGGCUCCUCCCUCUACGGCUGCUCCUUCCGGGUCACACUCAACGACUCAGGAAGACAAAGUCCCGAAGACGCUUGCGCCAGGCAGAUGGUCAGCGCUUGUCCAGGACUACCAGACCCAGCAGAUAGGAGGAGAAGACAGAGUUUUCCCAGUGCAGGAACUUCUUGGUGCAGAGAGCAUCAUCGCCAGGGUGCUCCACGAGCACGAAGUGAGCAAGACUUACACUCCUGUACAACUAGGAGAGCUGGUAUCAAUUCGCACCUUCCAAGCGAAUGGUGAACCAAACCCGCUGGCGAAACGUGACCGCAGUGUCACAAAACUGACGCUGACCGGCGAGCAGCUGGUUGCCGCACCAGAAGAACCAUGGCAACCAAGGAGCGUGCUGGCCAUUCUGGAUGGCAUCAACAGCAUACGAUGGUGCUACAUUCUGUGCAAGCUGGGGCCAGAACAAGCAGUCCACAGCUUCUUUGACUGGAUGGUCAGACUGGUGAGAAGCCGCCCACAGAAGACCGAUCAACUGGCCCAAUACUGGAUGUCAUUGUCCUGGCGACUGGCCUUGGAGAUGCGCGGAGGGCGCACAUUCCCUGAGGUGACAGCGGUCCUCAUGAAGGACUAUGACGCUUUCACGGAGUGCAUGAACAGGGAACCCACUCAGACGGCCAAGAAGCCACCCCCGGCGGCACCCACAAAGACGGAACCAAAGGGCACCGGCAAGGGCAACACCAAAUCAGGAAAGAGCAGUCGUGCAGCACCGUACACCCGCCCCACAGGCAGGUGGCAAUGGGAAUCUUGGGACAAGUCCGACAAGGCAUCGUCUUCAUGGCCGGCCAAUCCCAAGCAGGAGGAGAGGCAGUCAUGGAAGAAGGAUGCAUGGUCUUCGGAUUGGAAGACCAGCCAAAUUUUUCAGAAGAUCAACAAAAAGGUCAUACUGCUGAGCUGCUUCGACGGGAUCGGCACAGCAGCUCUAGCACUUGAAGGACUUGUGGAGUCGGUGGACCUCUACAUCGCAUGGGAAAUCGAUGACGACUGCAUCGCUGUCCUGAAGGAGCGACAUCCAACAGCAGUGAACAGAGGAAACUUCCUCAGAGACGACCCCAAAGAGGUGGCUGAGACCGUCAGACGCCAUGACCCAGCAGGAGAGAUGCUGGUCAUCUUCGCCAGCGCACCACCUUGUCCAGAUUUCUCACGGAUCAAGACAGAGCCGCUUGGGUCAUCAGGAGAAGAAGGUCAGAAGUUCACAGCAUACUGCUCCUUCGCUCGUGAGAUCGAGGAAAACCUACCGAAUCGGCGAGUGGGAUACAUCACGGAGAAUGUCGUGAUGAACAAAGGGGAAGCAGACUUCUUCUCAAGCCGUCUCGACUGUGAACCAGUUAUCUUGGACGCUCAAGAUCACGGACUGAUCAACCGACCACGAUUAUGGUGGACCAGAGUUGACUGGGGCCAAACAAGGCACAGCCCUUUGACGGGCGAGAAGCUCAAGUGGACGAAAUCGCAGAAAUUUCACCGCCUACACUACGACGGCAAGAUACAGGAAGCUUCAGACCUGGAUCUACAAGGCCUCAGACUCCACCAAGAAGUGGAAUCGCACGCCAAAAGAAUGCCUUGUCUGACAACUCCAGCACCAACGGAAGCUGGCAGGGCACCGCCUAAGAAACUGAGAGGCAGAGUGGACCCAGCACAGAGGUCACGCUGGCUGGACGACGGGCGCACGUUCGCCCCUUGGCAAUAUGCGCCAGAGGCCAUGCUCCAUUCACCAGACGGCACAAUGACCACUCCGGGGGCAGAGGCAAAAGAGCAGCUGCACCAACUCCCCAAAGGGUACACAAACGUACCAUCCGUGCCAGAGAGAUCAAGGCACAGAAUGCUUGCCAACGGAUGGCACCUGGGGUCUGCCAGGUUCAUCAUGAUGCUGCUGUUGCAGGCGAUGAUGGGGCAGUGCUCAACCUCACCCAUCCCGGCUCCAAGCCACACAGCCCUACAACAGAUGACUGAAAUCAUCAGCACGAUGCAACCAGUGCUGGGGCCGGGGAAGUGGCCACGAGAAGAGGUCUGCGUGGCCCAAGCCUCUACAAUGUGGGAACACUGGGAACUAGCGGUCAAGGCCAGUCACCCGGUUCAACGCCCCCUGACACUGGAGCCUGGCCUUCAACAAUGCAUCGAGCUGCACAAGAUCAUUGGAGGCAGCCUGCCCAGGAUGAGGACUGAGAUAGUCGACGAAGUGGAGAGGAUGGUCGCACAAAUACCACUUCUUCUGGACCUCCUGCAGCAGGUGAAGAUGCCGGGCUUGACAGAGCUGUCCGAAGACUUGCAACAAGGCUUCGAAGUCACAGGCAAGAUUCACGAAGGAGCGGGCUGGAUGCCUCGUGCAGAUGGCCGUUAUGAACAUCCAGUCUCACAAGAGUCCUUCUUGAAGAACAACAGACAUUACACCCUUGCAAAGCUGAGCAGCAAUCGCAUUGACCCACAAUGGACGGUCAUGCUCAAGGAGCUCGAGGUAGAGCUUGAGAAGGGCAGGAUGUCUGGGCCAUAUGAAGCCCCAGACUGGUGGCCGAUGAAGACAACCAGCAUUGGCAGCAAGCCAAUGCAGCCACUACCAAGACAGGACAUCUGCACAAGCUUUUGCUUCAGCGUGCAACAGACCGACAAGGUGAGACGAUGCGAGGACUUCAGGAGAUCAGGUCACAACUCCACGGUGAUCGCAUCAGACGUCCCACACCACCACGACAUCAAGACCUUCGUGGACUUGGCCUUGACAGACUUUGGCAUCCAGGAAGGAGCCAUGGUGUGGGCACAAGACCUCAAUGGUGCCUACAGACAAUUCCCGGUGCGGGAUCCCGAUGAUUGCUACUGCGUGCUCCUGACACCCCACGGGCCAAUCUUGUUGCGACACCACGCAAUGACCUUCGGGGCAGUGAGCUCCGUCUGGAACUUCAACAGAGCAGCCGAUGCCAUCACGUUUCUCAGUCGAAGACUGUUGGCCACAGCUGUGGGCCACUACGUGGAUGACUUCAUCGGGGUCGAACCAGCAUCAGCAGUUCACAGUGGAUUUGAGCAGUUCACGAGACUCACGCGUGUGCUGGGCCUACGGAUGAAAGAGAAGAAAGCUCUUCCACCAUCGACAUCCCAGAAGGUACUGGGCAUUGUCCUUACCAUUGAAGACGAGAAAGUGACUCUGGCACCACAUCAUGACAGGUGUACGAAGACUCUUGCCACCAUCCAACAAGCCAUACAGUCUGAUUCACUUCCGAGUGAGGUGGCACACAAGCUAGCUGGCAAAUUGGUGUUCCUGACAACCACCCUGUUCGGUCAACUUGGACGAGCUGCCCUUCAACCACUAUAUGCGAGGGCACAUGGGUUGUCCCAAGACAGUCAUGGCGACCAACUCAAUGGACCACUGCGAUCAGCCCUGCUGACCUUGCAGAACCUCCUCAAGGAGAUCCAACCUCGAGUGAUCCCGAGGCAGAUGCAAGAGCAAGUAGUGGUCGUGUACUCUGAUGCCUACUUCGUUCUUGAAGGUCAGGCGUUGUCACCAGGAUCUGACAACGUCCCAACACAAUGGCACAAAACCAAAUGCCAUACAUAUGAGAAUGGCUGGGGCUUUGUCAUUCACCACGAAGGAACAACAUAUUACUCAGCGGGGAGCAUCCCGCCAUGGGUGAUCAAGCGCUUUUGUACACGCAAAGCGUACAUCUACUUCCUGGAGAUUGCGGCUCAAUUUUUGGCCUUCAUGGCAUGCAGAUCACUGAACAGUAGAAUGGUGCUAUCCUUCAUCGACAAUGCAUCCGGAUUCUUCGCACUGAAGAAAGGAUAUUGCAAGGACCCGGCAAUCUGCAACCUGAUCGCCCUCGUCUGGAGGUUCUUGGCCAACGACGGAUGGCAUCUACACCUUGAAUGGGUCAAGUCCGAGCUCAACAUCAGUGAUCAGGUCUCACGACAUCACUAUGACGAAAUGCAUGCACUUGGAGCACAGUGGUUGGAGAUGAACACGGAUCGGAUUUUCCGAGUCCUUUACAGAGUGGCAGUCGAUGCCGACUAUGCACAUGGUCGAGCACUACGAGACGUCCUCACCAUACCAGUUCCUGAACUGCAGUCUGCUCACACUGGAAGAUGGGUGUAUGGCGCCAGUGUGGAGAUGAAUGGCUCCAUAUGCGACAGCACAGACAGGGCAGAUGACUGUCACCACGCACCCUUGGCCUAA